CAUCAACACUCAUUAGAAUUAUUAGAACCAUUUUUGUAAAUUGAAAAUUGUACGCAGGUGCUUUUUUGUGUUUGUUGAAAUGACCAGCCAGGCAGACGUGUCAUCUCUACGUACAACUAUGAAGUUGUUAGUUGCUGUUGUUGUUGUUUUUCUUGCUUUCGCUGCAGCAGAAGUCACUGAGGAAGAUGACGUGCUUGUAUUGAAUAAAAAGAACUUUGAUGAUGUUAUUAAGGCCAAUCAAUUUGUUUUGGUUGAGUUCUAUGCUCCCUGGUGUGGUCACUGUAAGGCUCUUGCCCCAGAAUACAGUGCAGCAGCUAAAAAAUUGAAGGAAAAUGGUUCGCCGAUUAAACUUGCUAAAGUGGAUGCUACUGUUGAAGAAGAACUUGCGUAUAAGCAUGGUGUUAAGGGAUAUCCAACUCUGAAGUUCUUCCGAAACGAACAACCUAUCGACUUUGGUGGUGAAAGAGACUCAGAUGCGAUUGUGAGCUGGUGCUUAAGAAAAUCCAAACCUUCCGUGGACUAUAUUGAAUCAGUCGAAAGUUGUAAACAAUUUGUCGACAAAGCUACAAUUGCUGUACUUGGAUUUAUCAAGGAUACGGACUCUGUAAAUCUGGCGGAUUUCGAGAAAGUGGCAGAUGAGUUAGAUGAUGCUGAUUUCGCAGUAGCUAACGCCAGUGAUAUUUUAACUGAGUAUGGUAUCACACAGACACCAAAAAUCGUUUUGUUCAAGAAUUUUGACGAUAAUCGUGUUGAGUAUACAGGAGGAACACUUGAAAAUCUAAAGCAUUUCGUUCAGGUGGAGAGUGUACCGCUUGUAUCAGAAUUCUCCCAAAAGACAGCAGGAGUUGUAUUUGGAAGUCCAGUCCAAAAACACAUUGUCUUCUUCCUCUCAAAAUCAACAGACCACUCAGAACUCGUUGAUAGAUUAACCAAAGUUGCGAGACAGUUCAAAGGCAAGCUUCAUGUAAUAUACGUCGAUGUUGAUGUCGAAAGUAAUUUACGCGUUCUGGAAUUUUUCGGACUCUCAAAAAGUGAUGCCCCAACUUACCGAAUCAUUGAACUAGGUGAAGAAACAACAAAAUAUAAGCCAGAUUCUAACGAUUACUCUGUUUCUGCUAUGUCCGAUUUCGUUCAAAGAACAAUUGAUGGAAAAGUUAAACCUUUCCUUAUGAGUGAAGAAAUACCAACAGAUCAAACAGGUGCUGUUAGAGUUCUUGUCGGUAAAAAUUACAACGAUGUGGUUAAAGACAAAACAAAAGAUGUGUUUGUUAAAUUAUAUGGCUGCCUUGGUUGUAUGGUCCAUUGCAAAAGCUCUUGCUCCAGUCUGGGAUGAAUUGGGUAGAAACUUUACAAGAACACGGAUACAGUGAUCGCAAAGAUGGAUGCUACAAUAAAUGAAGUGGAAGACCUUAGAGUUACCAGUUUCCCAACUCUGAAGUUUUAUCCCAAGAAUCAGAUGAGGU